CGGAAGAAAAACAUCAAAACGUGAGAGAUUGAUACCAUGACAGCGUUACUGUGACGCGCCUGUGUCACGCUCAAGACGCGUAAUACGUUCGCGAGCUGCAAGUGAUCCUUGUCAUUCCCCUUCACGAUGCCUACCGCCGUUCAAACAACCAAGACACCUGGUGGUAUCCAGUCAUACUACCAGGCCAAGAUUGAGGCUGCGGAACUUCUGAUCAAUCAGAAAACGCAGAACUUGCGUCGAUUGGAGGCUCAGCGAAAUGCACUGAAUGCACGAGUGCGGCUGCUACGAGAGGAGCUUCAGCUCUUACACGAACCUGGAAGCUAUGUUGGUGAGAUUGUCAAAGUUAUGGGGAAGAAGAAAGUUCUCGUCAAGGUACAACCUGAAGGCAAAUAUAUUGUUGAUUUCGACCCAUCAAUUGAGCUGUCCCAACUUUCUGCUUCCCUGCGCGUGGCUCUCCGUUCCGACUCUUAUACGAUCCACAAGAUACUGCCGAACAAAGUCGACCCGCUUGUCUCCCUCAUGAUGGUAGAGAAAGUCCCAGACAGCACGUACGAAAUGGUUGGAGGCUUGGAUAAGCAAAUCAAGGAAAUCAAGGAAGUUAUCGAGUUACCCGUCAAACACCCCGAGCUCUUCGAGUCUCUCGGCAUCGCCCAACCCAAGGGUGUUCUUCUCUAUGGUCCUCCUGGGACUGGAAAGACCCUCCUUGCUCGCGCUGUAGCACACCACACCGACUGCAAGUUCAUUCGUGUUUCAGGCUCCGAGCUUGUUCAGAAAUACAUUGGUGAAGGAAGCAGAAUGGUCCGGGAGCUGUUCGUCAUGGCCAGGGAGCAUGCACCUAGUAUCAUCUUCAUGGACGAGAUCGAUUCUAUCGGCAGUUCGCGAGGAGACAGUGGUUCGGGAGGUGGCGAUUCGGAAGUGCAACGCACUAUGCUGGAGCUUCUCAAUCAGUUGGAUGGUUUCGAGGCCACGAAGAAUAUCAAGGUUAUCAUGGCUACGAAUCAUAUUCUGGAUUCUGCACUGCUUCGUCCUGGGCGUAUUGACCGAAAAAUCGAAUUUCCUCCCCCUGGCCCGGAGGCUCGCGUCAGCAUUCUUAAAAUCCACUCUCGCAAGAUGUCGCUGCAACGCGGUAUUGACCUCAAAGCACUUGCCGAGAAAAUGGGUCAGUGCUCGGGCGCUGAAGUGCGCGGUAUAUGUACAGAAGCAGGUAUGUACGCGCUUCGGGAGCGGCGGCAGCAUGUUACACAAGAAGACUUUGAGUUCGCUAUUGCGAAGGUGCUCAAAAAGAACCAGGAGGGUAAUACGUCGGUCAAUAAGCUGUUCUCAUGAUUGUAUUGCGUUUGGUAUUUGCAUGAUCCAUUUUUCCAUCCGCGCUUCUUGAUUGGCUUUUGAGACUCGGGAGCGGUAUGUGAUUCGAGUUGAUUGAUGAUCGACGAUUGCGCGCCGUCAGUCAGUCAUCCGGCCAUCCUGUCGUCACGGUACGGCUAUAUCUGCUAGCGGAUCGCGGGUUCUUGCCAUGACGCAGAUCAAUUCAUGGAUCAACAGUUCAUUGAUCAACAACUCGAUCAUGAAUUGUACGGUCUGAAGACGGAGCGCUACGCUUGCCCGGAUCGCUGACAUAUU